AUGAAGUCCAUGGUGACGAAUGAUGAAGAGGAGGGGACCGAGUACCGAACCUUGAGGAACACCAGUGGAGACAGGGGAGGUAUUGGACUUGACAUUGAGAAGGAGGCUGUGGAGAAGGAGGCAGUGGAGAAGGAGGCGGUGGAGAAGGAGGCGGUGGAGAAGGAGGCUGUGGAGAAGGAGGCGGUGGAGAAGGAGGCGGUGGAGAAGGAGGCUGUGGAGAAGGAGGCAGUGGAGAAGGAGGCAGUGGAGAAGGAGGCAGUGGAGAAGGAGGCAGUGGAGAAGGAGGCUGUGGAGAAGGAGGCGGUGGAGAAGGAGGCGGUGGAGAAGGAGGCGGUGGAGAAGGAGGCUGUGGAGAAGGAGGCGGUGGAGAAGGAGGCGGUGGAGAAGGAGGCUGUGGAGAAGGAGGCGGUGGAGAAGGAGGCGGUGGAGAAGGAGGCGGUGGAGAAGGAGGCGGUGGAGAAGGAGGCGGUGGAGAAGGAGGCUGUGGAGAAGGAGGCUGUGGAGAAGGAGGCGGUGGAGAAGGAGGCGGUGGAGAAGGAGGCGGUGGAGAAGGAGGCGGUGGAGAAGGAGACGGUGGAGAAGGAGGCGGUGGAGAAGGAGGCGGUGGAGAAGGAGGCGGUGGAGAAGGAGGCUGUGGAGAAGGAGGCGGUGGAGAAGGAGACGGUGGAGAAGGAGGCGGUGGAGAAGCGUGGGAAUGACGUUCUCAGAGGUGGGAAUGACGUUCUCAGAGGUGGGAAUGACGUUCUCAGAGGUGGGAAUGACGUUCUCAGAGCGUGGGAAUGA